UGAAUGAGUCGGUAAUUUUUAUGGAAUUCCUUAUUUAAAUAAUAUAUUAGUUAUCAGUUAAUAUAAUUCAUAAUCAGUAACGAAAUUUAGUUAUAUUGCAACCCAAGGAAAGGAAAAGGAUCAAAGUGCGCGAACGCAUUGAAAGUGCAAAACCUCAUAUUCUACCCACCUAAUUUUCAAAUCAAUAUUUACAACUUGUAAAAAAAUAUUUUUCAUUAAUAAGAUAUAAAUAGAACCCAAGAUGCCUAACUCCGAAUUGCGUAAAAGAAAGAAUAAACAGCACAAUGAUAGGCCAAACAAAUCUAACACAAAGAAAAGGAAGGAUAAAACAGUAUCUGGAAUACAUACAUCACUUUUAUGUUUAAUUUUAAGUGGUUCUAUUUUUACAACGUUUAUAAUUUUAUAUACAGACCAAAUCCCUUGGUUAAUUGGACACAGAGCUAUUGACAGUAUUGCUAAAAGAUUCUUAGGAUAUCAUAAACCUGUAUAUGCUGUUGUGGUAGAUGCAGGUAGCACAGGGUCAAGAGUACUGGCUUACUCUUUCCACGAGUCUUAUUUUGGAAAUCAUCUAAUGUUAGAUAAAGAACUAUUUGAAUACUUAAAACCAGGUCUUUCUUCAUUUGCCAAAGAACCAAAGAAGGGCGCAGCAACUAUAGUAUCUCUUUUAGAAAAAGCCAAAAAUGAAAUUCCAGAAGAAUAUUGGUCAAAAACUCCUGUAGUAUUGAGAGCAACUGCAGGUCUUAGAAUGUUACCUUUAGACCAGUCUGAAAAGUUACUUGAAUCUGUGAAAGAAGUUUUUAGGAAAGCAUCAUUUUUAACUCGCGAUAAUUCUGUGGAAAUUAUGGAUGGAACUGAUGAAGGGGUUUUCUCCUGGUUCACAGUAAACUUCUUAUUAGAUAGACUCAAUGGAGACCCUGCCAGCACAGUAGCUGCAUUAGAUUUAGGUGGCGGUUCAACACAAGUAACGUUUGCGGCAAUGACGCCAGUUAGUUUGAAGCAAAAUGACAAAAUUCAACUUGUAGCUUCACCUAGAGGACAAGUGCCAGUCUACACUAACAGCUUCUCUGGCCUGGGGCUGAUGGCCGCCAGGCAUGCUAUAAUCACCUUGAAUCAAGGAGAUGCUGUCAAUGUUACCAGUGAAUGCAUUAAUCCUAUUAUUAAGAAAAAAAAAUUCCAUUACCAUGGUACAGAAUAUUACGUUUCUGGUCUACAAGAAAACUACCCCACCACAAAUAUAAAGGGUACUAACAUCAGGAUAGGCGAGAUAGUUCCUAUUGUUAGUUUUAGCGAUUGUUCGAAAUUAAUUAGUGAUUAUGUGAGGACCAAAGCAAGUCCUCCUGAAGAAUUACCCCUCAAGACGAUUUUUGCAUUCAGUUACUAUUUUGACAGAGCCACUGAAGUAGGCUUAAUAGACGAGUCUACUGGUGGUAACGUAUUACUAAAAGACUUUAAGAAGGCUGCCGAGAAAGUGUGUCACGAAGCAAAUGCUGAACAAGCCUUCAUGUGCCUAGACUUGACUUUUAUUUGGGUGCUUCUAAAUGAAGGUUUUGGAUUGAAAGAUACUACUCAAAUAUUCUUGCACAAAAAAAUUAAUGGUCACGAAAUAAGUUGGGCCUUAGGAGCGGCGUACGAUUUGCUAAGAGGAGAAAAGAAAAAUUAGGAGGAUAUUUAAAUUAGACAUGUGUAUGUUAGUUGUACAACGAAUGAUUGCACCUUGUUAUGUUUAGUAUCAAUUUUCUAUUUCAAUUGAAAACAGAUGAAAAUACUUCAAAAUUAUUUAUGUCUUAUAAAUUUUUUUUCUAGUAGUGACAUAUCGAGGGUCAAAACGCAAGACCUUGUAAGUAAUAAUUUAGAAAUUUUUCAGGAAAGCAAAAAACUAUUUUAUUUUUGUUUUAAAACAUAAGUAAUUAUUUUUUUGCUGAAUUUUUUUUUCUCAAUGUGUUCCUUAUAUUCUUCUGCUUCUAUAUUGUCGUUUUUAUGUUUGAAGCAGACAUCACAUUGGUCCUUUCUCGGUCGGAAUAUAAACAUCUUCAUUCGGUCUGCAAGUUAAAUCGUAGUGAUAACUGACAUUGGAUUUUGUCCUUCUUUUUGCAUUUCCUCUUGUAGACUCUGUAUAAAUCCGACCAUGACUGAAAAGAUGGCUCCAAGUACAUUCUUUUGGUGUCUUUUCAACAAUAAUGUGAAGGAAGCUUGUUUAAAUUUUGAAGAAACUCAGUGAGAAAAUUUCUGUCAUUUUCAAAAAUAUCUUGUUUUUCUCUCCUGCUUAUUUCGGUUUGGUCGCUACUUGCCGUGCCAUUUUCAGACUUCAUUGCCCAGGAUCGUACGGACCAUUGUCCGAGGCUUAGAAGUAUUUAGGUACAUUUUCUUACAAACAGUCAUGGAUUUAUUACUAAUAAUAAAAAAGUAAUCUAGUGUUUGGGAUUUACAAGAGGUUUCAAUUUUUUUCACGGCCUCUUUUUAUCACAUACUUUGACGGUAUUUCCAAAAAAACUUUUCGCUUCUUCCAAAUCAAAUCUUUCCAGAAUUUUUUGAAUAGCUUUUCUCGAUCCUCGUUAGAAAUUAGGUAACUUCAAACUUUGUCAGCAGAUUGCAUCAUCUAUUCUACGGAAUAUUUCAUAAUAAAAUGAAUUUCAAACAAAAUGUUAGUUACGAUGUCCUGCGUUUUGACUCUCGAUAUCUAUAAAUGGUUUUAAUAAUUUGAAAACUGCCUAAAUGUUUGUGUUUAACUGAAUAACUUAAUAAUUAAGAUAUUGUUAUACAUUCUUGAAUAAUUUUUAGGAGUUUUUAUUUAAUUUUCGACUAAUCCGAAUGUUUUUGCGUCACCAGCUGAAAAUUUUAGUCAAUUACGAUAAGAUUAGCAUUUAAUCUAGGCCCUAGGCAAUAACUUUAUACCAGUGAAUAAAGAAACAUGCAAACUAUUACAAAUAAACUAAUUAUUGCGUAAUUCAAUUAAAAGUUAACCGUUACUGAAAUAUAAAUUACGUCACACUAAUAUAACGUAUUGGGUAUACCUAAUACAAAAAGGAACACCUAAAAAACAGUCUAUACUCAAUAAUUCAAAGAUAAUUUCAGAAGAGGUGAGAAUCUUUAAAAAAAAUCACUUUGUGUGGUAUUUGUAAAAAUUAUUUAACAAUAUAAACAGAACUUUUAAGUACAAUUUAGUGCAAAAUUAAUAUUAAUAUUUAAACAAAAAAAAAAAAACGAUUUUUGUCUAUUUUUGACAAAUUUCACAUUGAGUAAAAACACUACAAGUGUUUUCAGAUACAGUUUAUUUUAAUUGGUAUGUGUUGGAAUAAAAGAUGAUUGUCAUUGAUUGAUAUAGAAUAAAAUAAUCAGCAACAAUACUUGCAUUCAUUCCAUUUUCGUUGGUUUUUAAAAUAACAAUUUAACGUUUGACAUUUUAAAUAGGAUUUCGUUUAACCUUUUGUUAUCAUUUAGCAACCAUGGAAUGAGUACUAAUUACAUUUGAUAAAUGCGCGAUAUUAAUAAGUAAAAUUCAUAAACUUAGUAUUUUAAGUUGUUGCUGGUGAUACAAAAACAGUCAAAUGUACCUUGGUGGAUUGUACAUUGUCUUUUUGGAUACGAAUGCUUUAUCCUUGACCAAAAAAGUUACACUUACACGCUUUUGUAAGUAAAUAACUAUUGUAUCUUUAAAAGUUCCAAAAGAACCUUUAUAAAUUCGUUUAUUUAUGAAGUGUUAAUUUGUUCAGUAUUACAAUUAUUUAUACAUUCCUUUAAAAAUAAAAUUAAUUUAAAUUAAUUACUUUUUUGUAAUAAAGUAGGAUAAUAUAAACUAAAUUCUAACGAAACAGGAAAAAAAAUUUAUAAAACAUAUUUUUUAAUUUUAAAAACGCAAACUUAUGUCACAAAAUAUACAGUCAAAUCGGGUAACUUUGGACCUGGUUUUUAUUAUAAAUCUGAAUUUAUUUGUUAUUGUUGCACAAUUUUAUUGAAUGAUGUUCCUGUAAAAUGAUUUAUAUGAAUUUUAAAUUUAAAAAAAAUUAAAAUUUAUAGUAAAAAAUAAAAAAAAUAUAUUUCUGGAUGUGGUCUAAAGUAUUUUCAUCGGGAGAAAUUACUGAUUUCUUACAAUUUAAAGGCUACGGGUAAGAUUAAACCAUAUUAGUUUUAAUAUAGAGUCCCCAGGUCAGUUAUUAGUUAUAAUUAAUUUGUAUUUAAGUAUUUAUUUUUUUUUACAGACAAGGUUGAAGUUGUAAUUAGCUAUGGGUCCUAUUGUAAAUAUUAGGAUAUUUUUCCAAAGUUACCCGAUUUGACUGUACUGAUACGUACAAUUUAUAUAUUUUAAUAAAAAUUUCUCGAAAAUAUUAACAAAAUAAUAAUUUUAUCCUCAAUUUACAUGAAAUCAGACAAUUUAAAAUAUUUGACUAAAAAUUAAACCUAACGCAAAGUUUGAAGUUUAUUGAUUUAAGCGACAUGGAAAAUAUAGGAAAAACAAAGGAAUUUUCAUUUAUUAAAAAAAAAUUAAUACUGAAUUUUGAAUGUUUUUUUUUGACACAAUAUGUCGCCAUUAAAAAAUACUCAUUUUUAUGAUAUAAUAUACUCAAUAAAAAGUAUGGAAGUAUAUUUUUCUGAAUUUUUUAAAAAGUUCAAUGUAUUUUGUUGAAAAAUUGAAAAUUGAUACUUUUUUGUUUGUUAAUAAGAUGAACAUGUGCCUUAUAUAUUAUUUUUUGUUUUGUUAUAUUUAUUGGCUGUGCAGCGAUUCCAUUCUUUUAAGUGUACGUCAAUAACCGAGUAAUAAACAUUUUUAAUUAC